CCCGCGUCUUUCACACAAACUUCAAUCUCGCCGCCGGCGAAACCUUUGCUUCUUCUCUCAGUCAAUUCAGAUUCCUUUUUUAGAUCUCGUCGCCGGAUUUCAACGUCAUUGGAUCCGUUGAUCACUCAAUUUUGUCUCCUUCUUCUUCUUCGUCAGGAGCUGAUUUUUUUCUAAUUGAGUGGAGAUUGAAGUUGGGAAGAAGCUUGGAUUGUUGUUUCGAAGUUGAAAUUAUGAGCAGCAGCUCCAGAGAGGGAUCUCCCGAUUGGCUUCGCUCUUACGAGGCACCUACGACUACUUCAUUGUUGUCACUGUCAUCACUAUCUAAAUCAUCUCCAGAUGAUAGUCCUUAUAGGGAAUCUGAAGCCAUUUCGUCUCUUCCUGUGCCUGGUGACUGUGAUGACAUUGUGAUUCUUGAGAAAGAAUCCGUGGAGUCUUCGUCUAGGAAGAAAUCCAAAACUAAGGUUGUGACGAAGCAAGUGAGUAUCGAGCAGGUGUUUUCUAGAAAGAAGAAAGCAGAUGUUAGUCUUAACCUUGAAGGGAAGCAGAAUGGAAACAAAGUUAACGGUGAAAAACUCUCUAGCAUGCAUAAGGAUGCUCAACAGGGAGAAAAUGAUUCUGUGAUGCUUGUCUCAUCUGAUUCUGAACCAUCCUCCAGUGGUCCGACCAAGCAGGAAGUGACCGUGCCAAUUGAAAAGGAUGUGGAUCUUGUUCAUGAAGCUAAAGAGGGAGAACCUGUACUUAAGAAGGCUCCAAAGGAAAACUCUCCAAAAAAAAAGCCAAAAAGUAGUCGCAAGGCACCCAAGAUUGAAAAUAGUUCACAAGAAGUUUUGAAAACUGAAGAUAAAGAUACAGAUACAGAUGCCAUAAUAGCCGAGGACGUAAUAACGGAUAAGAAUAUCAAGCCUUCUGGCUCAAGUUCAAGAUUACCAUUGGUACUUUCUGAGAAGGUGAAUCGUACAAAGGUACUCGUUGAAUGUGAAGGUGACUCGAUAGAUUUAAGUGGAGACAUGGGGGCUGUUGGACGCGUGGUUGUUUCAGACACCACUGGGGACAUGUACAUGGACUUAAAAGGAACUAUAUAUAAAUCAACAAUCAUUCCAUCUAGAACAUUUUGUGUGGUUAACGUAAGUCAGACAGAGGCAAAGAUUGAAUCUAUUAUGAAUGACUUCAUACAGCUGACACCACAAUCUAAUGUGUACGAGGCAGAAACAAUGGUCGAAGGCACUCUGGAGGGAUUUUCAUUCGAAUCAGAUGAUGAAAAUAACAAAAACACCAAAAAUGCUUCAAAGCCAACUGAUCAAAUUGGCGGCACAGAGGAAGAAACCAACACAAAAGCCAAAACCAAAGCCAAAGCAAAAGGCGAAACUGUUUUAGGCAAAAAGAGAGGAAGACCAUCUAAAGAGAAGCAGACACCAGCAAAAAAGGCUAAAAGUUCUGCUCCUAAGAAGCCAAAAGCCAAGAAAUGAGUUAUGAUUUUGAUUUGAUUUCUCCCACUUUUUAAAAAACUUGACAUUUCAUUUAUUUAGGUGAGACAACAUUAUAUACGUCAAAUAGAGUAGUUUUACAUGUACGAGUUUCGAAGCCAGUACAGACAUUUCAAGGCAAACUAUUUGAAUAAUGAAGCUCAGAAUUUUUUGUGGA